CGGGUUCUGCCCUCCCUCAGGACAAUGCGGCCUCUCGCUCUUCGCGCUCGCUGUUUUUCCUCACGAACGCCCCUGCUUGGCUGUUGCACGGCGCUCACCGCGGCGGGAGACGCGGAUCACCCGGCACGGAGCUGGUGCGCUCAGGAGCACGAACAGCAGCACCGGGCGAUGCCCCGGUGCCUUGGAGGGGUCACGAAGGCCCCACCCGUCCAGGGAUAAAGCCGGAACACAAAGCAGGAGCUGGGCAGGAAGGAUGGGUGGCCUUUGCCUGGCAGGUGACACGCUGUGGCUCACGGGGCACAAGGUGUUGCUCCUGGUGCCGCUGUCUUCUCCAGCCCUGAGCGAGCUGCCCGCUCAGAUCGGACCUCUGGGAUUAAAGGCAUUCUAACACUGUGAUGCUACAUUGCAUGUGGCUGUGACUGCACAGCCAUGAGCCUCAGAGGAGAUACAGACAGUAUUUUGGGGUUUCCUCCAUCAAAUUUGCCAUUGUGAGGCAGGUGAGAUGAUAAGGACUAAAGGCAGGACACCUUACUCUGCAAACAUCACUUUGCAGUUCAUAUAACAAUGGAAGUGUCCAUCUCCAACAGCAGUUUCCUGCCAAUUCCUGUUUAACUUUCCAGUAGCAUCUCAUGUACACAUCUGCUUCCCAGCUCUGGCAUUUCCUGUUGGAGACACAAGCCCCAAGCCUAGCACAUAAAACUGAUUUUCAGGAGAACCAUCAGUGGAAUGACUCCUCCAUCUCACGGCAUUCCAGCAUCCUUUGUGCAAGAGAUCAGAUGAUGCAAACUUGUGAGUGAUCCAAGCAUGGUACAGGAUCAGAAGGGCCCCGAGGAAAGGGACUUCUCUUGGCUUCUCUUUCUUGGGGUUUAUCUGCUCUGCACAACCAUUAGGAGAGGAGCAAGCAGGAAAUAGGGGUUAUCCAUCAAAAAGAUACCCCAGAAAAAAUUAAACUGGAAAAGCCAAAAGACCUUGGUCAUCAGGAUGUUCUUAAACCCAAAAGCAGAAGGAAUGUCAAGAGAGAAUGUGGCUCUCUAGGAAGUGAUCACCAUUAUAGCUUUAAGUCCUCAGUCUACAAAUGGAUUGCUCUGGAUUUACCCAGAGUAACUGAGCUCAUUUCCCUUUUUAGCUGAUAAAAGCCCAGUUGUCUGGAACUCCAGCAGGCCAAUUGUAAAAGCAGCAUGUGGCAAGGGCUGAUGAGUCACCAGCUCAUUUGCUCAGCAGCCAGCAACAACAAACUUUUCACAUUUCCUUGGGCCAGCCCAGGAGAGCUCUUGCACAUCCCUGAGUGAGCAAAUACGCAGUAUGGGACUGAUCUGCCUCCUCCUUCUCUUCCUCCUCCCUUUCCUCUUCCUCUCCCUCCUCUUCCUCCUCCUCCUCCUCAUCUCUGCCUCGUGCCAGAGCUGUGGCACUCAGAAAGGUGAUUACUCAGGAGCUGGGGCUUUUGCCUCACCACACUCCACAGGGCUUCCAACCGUGGAGCAGGAAUGUGAUUUUUUCUCCUGAAGAUCAGCAGCAAAUGGUCCCCCAUGAACUGGAAAGAUGGAGCAGCUCAGUCCUUGCAGAUUCCUCGCAGAGGGAGCGAGGGAUGACCCCACAGCAGGGAAGUUAAAACUGCUAAUACUGUUUGGCAGCACUUCACAAGAUCAAAUCACCACUUGGUUUUCCAGCAGAGAGCACUUCCAAGAAAUCCCACUGGUGGUGAAAGUUCCUAGGUAGACAAAAAUAUCUGAGGUCCAGGCUGUAGAGCAGCCACAGCAGAAUAGAGCCUUGAAAGAGAGGCAGCUCUGGGAAUUCUGCUUGGGAAUGUCCUGUACUUGCCAUCAGCAUGAAGCAGGCACCAGGUUUAGCAUCCUCCCCAGCCAUGAGUGUGGCUUCAGCUUUCUGCAGGAUUUUCUGCCUUGGAGCUCCUGCCAAGGUGAUCCCAGGGAUCUCAGCUGGUUUCCAGCUCUCCCAGGUGACUUUGCUCCCCAUCAACAUCCAUGGGUGGGUACCCAGCAGGUGGCAUCCACGUCCAACACUUGUGCUGGAGCCUCACCUUCCUGAGGGCUUCUCUUCCACUUCAUUAUUCCAGAUCCCAGGAUCUGCUUCUCCAUUAAUGCCUAUUUUCCAUUUGAAUUUAUUUUAAAAUGUCACAAUGUUCACUGGUUUAGUGCUUCUUUAACUAUUCUUACUCCUUCCCAAGGAUAAAGUUCACUCAUCAUCCCUCUGUGUUCAGCGGCAUGGCAUGUGAACCUUUAUAUAAAGAUCAUCAGAAAAUAGAUUUACUAACAAAUUUAUGAAAAAAAUACUUGUGAUCUGUCCAUCUCACCAGUGAGAAAUAUGCUGGAUCUAGGCUGGAAGAAAUCAGGACACAUCACACCUCCAUAAUGUUUUUAAAAAGCAUUGGAAAAAUGGGUUUUGUGGGAGGGAAGAGGAGUGCUGAGUAAGUUCAAGCAGCAUUCCCGGACAGCCUCAAUUUCCAGCCCAGUUAUCUGGCAAGGAGAGGCACUGGAUUUGGUGUUACAGUCAUCCUCCAACAAUGGAAGUGUUGCAAAAUAUGUAGCACCACAUAUUAAGAAGGGAUUAGAAGUGGGGAACCACGAGGAGUAGGAAUACAGGAGCAGCCUUAGAGCAGAGCCUCAGGCACUGUUGCAGAAACAUGUUUUCUGGAGCAGGAUUACAGCCUUUGUUUGCUUGACAAAACCAUAGAUACAAUCCUGGGUUUCCACACGUCUGCCAUGCCCCCGACUCCAGGAGCAACCAUCAACCCUCACAACUGCUGAGUGUAAAUCAAGAUCUCAUCUGCCAGUGAGAGGGUGGAGGAUUAGGAAUUGUGCUUCCUGCUCCUGCAGGCACUGAGGAGAGUCACACAGAACCUGGUGAGUUUUGUUUCCAGGGAAAAGGGCCAGCAUUCGUGUCCAGGGGCCAGUGGCCCAGAGUGGCUGGCUGCCGGUUGAAAUUCCCAUCUCUGGAUGCUUCCCAGAUGCAAGGUGCCACCACAGGCAAGUGUGGCUGGUUUGACAGUGCCAAGUGCCUCCUGCAAACUGACAUCAGGAACCUGCUGGAACAAAACAACUGCUGAGAACUGCUGGGAAGUUUGGAGUUGGAGUUGAAGAGACCUGAUGGAAAAAAAUAAAACUUCUGUUCAAUCUCUAUCAUGUUCUAAAUCUUCUCCUCUCAGGUUUCUAAGGCUUGGAUUACACCCAGGAAUAGACUGGUCCUUAUUAAUUAAUUCCUUUGAGGCUGUUCAGAGACAUAUUUAACAACAGUCUUAUUCUGGGUUUGUUGGUGCAGCGUUGCCAUAAGGAUGACAAGCAGGAACUGGUGUGGUGGAUUGCUGACACUGUCUAAUCCAGCCUUGGCAGUGCAGAUCUGAGUACCUCAAAUGUGAGGGUUGGAUCCUUUGCUGUGCAGAGUUAUGGAGUUCUUGCCUCCCUGAAGAGGUUCCUCCCAGUCUGAGUCAUUAAUGGCUGCUCUGCGUUCUGGAACGUGAGGUUUAUGUCCCUCCAAAACGUAAUGGAAAGGUGGAGAACACAACCCACAAAACUCUAGAUCUCAGUAAUUAGACACCCACAAGAUUAAUUACACCUUGUGUAAAAACAAAAGUGUAAAAAGCCAUUGCGAAAGUAAUUGUUACCUGAUCUAAACAGCUGCCUUUCAGUGCCUGUGGCCAGGUAACACCUUGAUUUUCUAGUCCCUCUUCCUUCAGCAGAUCCUGAGCCCAUUGCAAAAGAGGACACUGUCCUUGCUCCAGAUGAACCUCAGCUCACCUCACUGCCUGUCAUGGACCUGCUGGAACAGAAUCUGACCCAGGUCCCAGUUGGUGCUGGGUCUCACAUCAUAACAAAGCCCCCUCAGAACACUGUUGUCUGACAAUCUUUUUCCCUACUGUCAUUUCUACAUUAAAAGAAAUACUCCCAAAAUCCACCUUUUCCUUCUAUAUAUCCUCACUUACUCCAAACCAUCUCCUUCUUCUCCAGAGUGUCACUCAGUGCAGUGCAGUGACCAGAGGGAGCACGGACUUCACUUUCCUGCCUUUGGCUCAUAUUGUGGUGGGAACACAUGAACCAUUUCCCAGUCUAUUCCUUUGAAUCCCUCUCUAUUUCAACUCAACUUCAUUCCAAACCACAGAGAUCACUUUACUCCUAGGAAGAGCAUUUAGAUUAAAAUUUGUAAUGAAUCAUAAGCCAAUGUUUUGUUGAAUUCUACAAGGACAGGACAAUUUUUUAGAAGGGGGACUGAGAACUCUCUCUUCAAGGGACUUUUGUACACAUAUACUUUUUAAACCAAGAAUGAUUCCCUGUAGGUUUUAAGGGUGAACCCAUAAACACAGAAAUAAUUCUAUUAAGAAGCACUGAAAGGUGACCCUUGUUUGCAACAGCCCCACAAAUAAGCAGUGCUGUGUGCUCCUGUGCUGUGUGCAGGCAGCAGCCCCAGAGCAGGAGCUCUCCCUGCCCAUUUCUGUGUCACUGAGCUGGGACACGGUGUCCACAGGCCAAGAAAACACCAAGGACACAUCCCAGGCUCCUCCUGCUCAUGAAAUGCACUUUAUGGCUCUGCUGAGCCCAUUCCUGAUGAGUGAUGUGCCUGCAAGGACACUGGCAGCAGUGACAACACGUUUGAAAGCUCUGAGGACCCCGUGCUUUGUGACCAUGUCACCAUCACCCUCUGAGAUGCAAACAGCAACCUCAGACAGAUUUCCACAUAGCCAAGUGCUUCAGCUGUGCCCUGGACACACAGGCCAGGCACAGCUGUCCCAGCAGAGGGGACAGCUGGGACAGAGCCCCUUGCUCUGUGCUGGGGGGUGCCCAGGGCUGAGCUAAGCACAAGAGCAGCCUGGGGGACACAGUGCUGAGCAGGACAGUGUCUGCUCUCUCCUCUGCCAACAUCCAGUUCAAAGUCUGAAUCAGUGAAUUGUCUCAUUUUCCACUCAAAGGAGGACAUGGAGCUUUGGGCAGAAAGGGACAAAUCAGAGUCUACUCCUGCUCUAGAAUAAUCUAGGAUAAAAUCCCCGUGGCUUCAAAUAGUGGUGUGAACACACAGAAAGCUGGGGGAAAAAAGGUAUUAUUUUUGGCUGAAAAUCUUUAUGGCUGAUGCAGGAACUCUCUCAUUAGUUACUCAUUGCCUCAGAAAGUCUCAUAAAACAGCCAGUGGAGCCCAGCAAAUACUUUAGUCUUGUGGGAGCUCAGAAAUCCAGGAAUUGAACGAGGCCUUGAACCCAUUUUAUAGACCUACUUCUUACUGAACAACCAUAAAAUAUUAAAAUUCAGACCCUAUAAAUAAGGAGGGGAAAGAACUGUGCACUUCCCAGCAGAAGCAGCCUCUCCAGAGACUCUUCCCAAGAGCCAGCUCUGCUCCGAGAUGGCGCGGAGACGCAGCCUCGCCGUGCCCGUCCUUGCUGUUUCCUUCUUGGCAUGUGUGGCCACAGGUUUGGAACUGUCUGUAAAUAACCACGCUGCUGACUUCACCCUGUCUACAGGGCUGAGCCCUGCCAUCUCCCUCUCGUGCCUGGUGCACAACAGCAGCCAGGCCGAGGAGCUGCUCUGGUACCGCGGAACUGGGCAAGUGGAUCUGAAGGAUGGCAAUAAAGUGAACAUCAGCAACAUCUGCAUAUCCCCGGUCAACGAGUCUGACAACGGAGUCACCUUCACGUGCAGGCUGGCACGGGACAAGUCUGUGCAGGUGUCUGUGACUCUGGAUGUGCAGUUCCCUCCCCAGCUGAGUGGAGAGGAGACCCUCCAUGUGGAAGAAGAGAAAGAUGUUACUCUGACCUGCAACUCCAAAUCCAACCCUCAAGCCCAGAGCAUCUGGUUAAAGGACAACCAGAUCCUGACCCUGCAGCAAAGUCGCCACAAGCUGUACCAGACCAGUGAGGUCUUUCAGCUCUCCAUCAGCAAAGUGCAGAAAUCUGACAAUGGUACCUACACCUGCAUGGUGGAAUCACGCCUGGGAAGUGGGACAAGGGAUUUCCACCUCAUAGUUGAAGAUAAAAAACCCGUUUUUCCCAAGGAGGCUGUUAUUGCUGCUGUCGUGGUGGUUACAAUCACAAUACUUUUUGGAAUUGUGGCUCGAAGAGAUACGUUUUUAAAGUGCUUCAAGAAACCAAAAGAAACAGCUCUGAGGUGAUUUUUCGUUUCUUCUGUUCAUUUUGCUGCAGGUAAAGAACACCCAGAAAACAUCAUUUCUAUGGUCAACCAAAGCCAUUCUGUGAGAUGAUGAGAUAAAGCACUGAAACUGUUUUUUUUGGGAUCAAGUUUAUAUGUUUUUUCAAAAUACAAGUCGUUCUUUGCAUCUGUUGAUUCUAAGCUGCUGCUUAGAGAGUCAGAACUGUUAGAACUGGUCACUGGGAACCUUUCCUUGGAGCACCAUUCAGGCAGGUGGGCUGCAUGAGAUGAUGCCAGCUCUUGCCCUCCUUGCUUAUUCCAACAAUGAAUGCAUGUGCAGUCAGGCAUGUGGGUUGUGGAUCAGUCUACAGAGCAAUCUCUUCUGCAUUAUGAUGCUGAUGCUCACAAAUAAAGUGAGGUGUGGGGCUGACA